AUGAUCCGAACAAAAUUACAGGUUAAAGAUGCUGUAUCAUGUUUAGAUUAUUUAAAACGAAGAGAAGUAUUCCUUUAUAAAAUGAUGAAUGAUCCAAGUCAUAAAGCAAUGCUUUAUUUUCUUGAGGUUCUUAUGAAUUCUGAUAGUCCUAUCACUGUUGAUCAAUUAGCAGCGCGUUUUUCGCAUAAAUCAUUCAGUGUAGAAAUGCGUGAUGCAUGCGGUGGUGGAAGCGCUGAAGGUUUGCGUGAAUUUUUGCGACGUUAUCCUUCAUUGUUUAAUGUAAAACCGAAUGGACAAGUGACAUCAGUUACUAUUGAAUUACCUGGCUUAGAUUCAAAUUUCGAAAGCGGUCAGAAAUCAAUAAAUGAAAAUUUAUCCAGCAGUUCUUCUUCAUUGCAAAAUUCCUCUUACAAUUUCGAUUCUAAUUACUCAUCGAAAACAUGUCCAAUACCAUGUGUGCAAAAGGAAUAUACAUAUAGUCAAUUUCGGUCUAAUCGGAAACCCAAUCCUACCAACACCACUAAUAAUAAUAUUAAUCAUAAUACCAUUAAUAAUAAUAAUAAUCGAUUGAAUAGUACAAGUUGUUUAUCAUUGACAUCUGAUCAGUCAAUUAGUUCAUCUAAUGGAUCGUCUAACUUUGUAAAAAAUUCAUCUGAUCAUUUAUUAGGACGUAAAAAGUCUUACAAAAAUGUUGCUAAUAAUACUACUACUACUACUAAUACUACCACAAACAAUGAUAAUGAUGAUAAUCAACCACCCAUUGGUUUAUCUUCGAAAAAUCCCUCAACAUUACGAGCAAAAGCUUCAAAUGUUUACCAACCACCACAGUUACGUAAUCUUGAACAUAGAACCUCAUUAAUGUUAUCAUCCGGUUGUGAAUUAUGCUCUUCUUCAUCAAAUGUCCCUACUACAAUUAAUGGUAGUAAUUAUAAUGCCCUACUAAGUAAUCAUCAUGAAUUCUCUGCAAUGACUAAUGGAACAUGUAUACACUGUCCACUGAUAGAAUUUACCUGUCACCAUCAUACACAUCACUGUACAACUGCACAUCAUCAUUCAUCUUCAGCGCAUUGUCAUUGUACAACCACUCCACUGACAGCGAAUCCAUCAGCUCCAUUAUUUCACCAUAUACAUGAUCCUAUUCAUAAAAUAUCACCAGCACAAACUACAUUACGAUCUCCAUCUAUACUACUACCAAACUGUUACAAUUUACCAGUAAUGGAGAAAUUCAUACUCGAAAAACGUUGGAUACCGAUUAAAAGCUUAGCAGGACAUUUAUCGCAGGCUAGUCCAGAAGUUCGUGCUAUAGUUGGUCCACAGUUGGAAUUUCGACGUUUUCUUUUGAAACAUCCACAUGUUUUCGAAGUGCAGGGAGAUUUAGUUAGUGUAAAAGAUCCGUUCUCUAGUGUUUUUGGGUUGAAAAGAUCUCACGAUCGUCCAUCAGCUAUUCACUCAAGUCGUUCAUCAUCAAAUCUAUCUAAUGCUGCACAAAGUUAUCUACCACGUAAUAUGCCGUAUGAGAGGAAUCCCCGGCCCAAAUCACUUGUUUUACCGAAUAUGAUAAAUUUUGGACAUUUAUCAAAUGUAUCCGAUGGUAUUGGCGGUUAUUAUACACCAUCAUCGUCGACUCAACGAUCCACUGCUGGAAGCCGCCAUCGCCGUUCAGCACAUUUUCUAAUUGAUAGUUCAACAAAAUCUCAGAAUAAAACAUUAACUGAGUCAGAGAGUAUUAGUUCAGUGCCGGCAACACCUAUCAAUUCGAAUCUUGUAUCAGAUAUCAGUAGCCGUGUUCAGACAGAAAGAAUAGAUGUCGAUAAAUCAACUAACAGCAUCAAUAAUAAUAGUAAUAAUAAUAAUAACAGUAAUAAUAAUAAUAAUAAUAAUAGUGAUGGUGUCAGCUCAACUUCAGUAACAGCAGCAAUGACACAUCUUCAUUAA